AUCACCCUACCACAACCAGAGAGCAGUCCUGAACUACUAUCUACCUCAUUAGUGACACUCAGACUAUCCUUGAUCAGACUUUAUUGGCUUUACCUUGCACUCAACGUUGUUCCCUUAUCAUGUAAAUGACUUGAUUGUAAUCAUGUAUUGUAUUUCUGCUGACUGAAUAGCAUGCAACAAAAGUUGUUCACUGUACCUGGGUACACUUGACAAUCAACUAAACUGAGAAGGCUGAGAGGUUUAGAACCAUCGAGUCAUACAACACAGAAACAAAAUCGUCCAUGUCAACCAAAAUUCUCCGUCUAAGCUAGCCCCAUUUGUAUAUGUUUGGCCUAUAUCCCUCUAAACCAGUCAUAUCUACGUACCUGUACAUGUCUUUCAAAUGUUGUUUUAGUACCUGCCUCAACUGCUUCCAGCUCGUUCCAUAUACCCGCCACCUUCUGAGUGAAAAAGUUGCCCUAUUAAAACUUGCCAGAGGAGGCAGUUGAGGAUGGGAAACAGUUGGACAGGUACAUGGAUAGGUCAAGUUAGGAGGGAUAUGGACCAAGCACAGGCAGGUGGGACUAGUGUAGUUGGGACAUGUCGGCUGGCGUGAGCAAGUUGGGCUGAAGGACCUGUUUCCACACUGUAUAACUCUAUGACUAUGUUGAUUCCACUGAAAAGUGUGGAGAGGAUUGUGCUGUAGAUGAUGUCCUUGGGUUAUUGAGAUAAAGACCUGCAUUUCAGUGAGAGGUGUAUGUUUGUGAUUAUUCAUCCAUAUAUAUAUAUAAAGAUACUCAAACGUAUGUAUGAAAUAGUAGAAUGCAAUUUUGACUGUAGAAGUCUAUUAUCUGCUUAUACUAGGUGAAGAGAUGAUUAGGGAGAUCCAAAAUGUAUGUUGCAGCUCUGAGAUGGAUCAUCAAAGAUCAUUCAACAGAGAAGCAGUACAUUUCAAACAGGAUCCUCUCCAGUCUAGCUUAAAUAAAGCCCAGACAGUGGAGAGCAGCCACUGCUUCAGCUUCCUUUGCUCUUUUGCGUAUGUAAUAAAGUUCAAUCCACAGGAAGCCCUUUGUUCUCCCUUGUUUUUGAAAGGUGUGGUUUAAAUAAAUCUCUUGCAAGUAUCCUUUUCAAAUUGUAGAAUUUUUGCAGUACUUCAACAAAUUGAACUGAGGUUUGAAUUGAUGAAACUGCUUUUGAGUUUAAUUUAAUCAAAGAAAGUCUCUCGGCUGUGGAGCUUAACGUGCAGGAUGAUCUCCAGAAAACCUUUUCCAUUUUAAGAGUCUAAAAGCUUUAGCCUAUUUAAUCGUCUCCAUAUGCUGAUCCUGGCUGCUACGGAAGGACUUGGCACAAAGAUUGGACUGCACAGUGGCAGAAAAUAUAUAUAUGGGCACUGCAUGUUUGUGGCUGGGGUGAAAAAUUCCAUUUGAAAUAUUUGGGCUUCUUCAGACAGACCCCAUAAAGGUAAACAGAUAUCAAAGAGGAAAUUAAUCUGCAGUCUGGUCAGAGGAACAAGACUUUGUGGUAGCAUACAAGACACAGACAAACUUCUCUAUACACACACAGAGCUCAGGCUGAAGAAAGAUGUUACUGGGCUUUUCAGCCUCUUGCUGCCAUGGUGAUGGUCAAUUAUGCCGGUGAUGCUGGGAGCUUAACUUUUGAACUGUAAUCAGAUAUCGACUGCAAUGAAGUUGUCCGAGUGAGACAGAAGACUAAGGCUACAGGGAAAACAAAUCACAAAAAGGGCGAGGUGGAAAUAAAGGAGCAACAAAGAAGGAGCAGCUCUGAGGUAAAGGGAGAGUUAAGGUAGUAAAUGAUUAAAAAGGAAGACUCAGAAAGAAUAGAAAACCUAAAUGUAAAGACUUGCAAAGUUAGAAACGGCAAAGAAGAAAAGUAAAAAAGACAAGUUUACGAGAAUUAAAAGUGGCGGAAAAAAAAUACAGGUCGGUUGAAAAGGAAGCAUGAGAACAGCAAAUUGAGAAGUUACGGUAGAAUAAAAUAACAUGAGUUAGGAUGACAAUAAUACAGGCAAGAUAUAUGAGUGAAGAAGGGGGGGGGAGACAAACACAGAAGUUCAAUGAGAGGAGUUUUAUCUUGUACAGCUUGUGUACAUUUUUUGAGGUUGAUGGGUGAAAAGGAAGUUUAUUAAAACACAUCCAUCCAUUUGGCAUUUGGAGCUCAGUGUUUGGCUAAAGCUGGCAUCCUCUGCAGUGCAAAGCAUGAACUCUGCCCUUGCCAAAUAUGGGUCCCCACCACGAAACUGGCUCGACCUGCGCCUCCGAGUGCAGCCAAAUGAGCGGAGUUUAACAGAAGAGAAAAUCCUGCUUUGUCAGCACCAGGACUGUGUUAACAAGAGGAGGGCUGUGAAGGUGUGCCACCACGGUGAUUGUCAGGACAUUAACAAUCAGUCCCCACUCAACCUCUGUGCAUCAUGUGACAGCAAACUCCACGAGGCAAUGCAUUUUGACCGGCAUAUCAGAUUUGACCUCCCACCUCAAGGAUCUGUUUUGGCCCGGAAUGUCUCGACACGAUCGUGCCCGCCCCGGACCAGAACUUCGUCGGACAAGGAGGAAGAUGAUGACAGUGGGAUGGAUGGAAAAUGUGAGAAGAGAAAUUCUGCACUCAAGCUAAGCAAGAAGAAAGCUCGCCGUCGCCACACUGAUGACCCCAGUAAGGAAUGUUUCACUCUGAAGUUUGAUUUGAAUGUCAACAUUGAGACAGAAAUUGUCCCUGCAAUGAAGAAAAGGACUCUCGGGGACACACUGGUGCCAGUAUUUGAGAGGAAAGGAAUUGAGUUGAACCAAGUGGAGAUUUUCUUGGACCAUUCCUACACACCCCUGGCCUUGUACUUUGAGGCAUACCGUUUUGGGGGACACUACCUGAAAGUUAAAGCGAAAGCCGGCAAGGAGCUGAAGGUGGAACAGGCUGUCAAGGAGUUCAAGUCAUUGAGCUUACCCAUCAUACGGGCUUCGAUGGUCAGUCCCCCGUAUAUCUGCGCCCCUGUGGUGGACAGGAUGGAGCAACCUCUGCCGGGACGGGAAAACAUGGACAUGGCGGCAUUGGGCAGACGGAGGAAGAAUAUGAUGGAAUUCCUCGGAGAUGCCACCAUCCCAGGUUCCGAUUCCCUUGCCCCACUCAGCUCUUCGUUGCCCAGCAGUGGCACAGAGAGCUGGAAGAACAGAGCUGCCAGUCGCUUCAGUGGGCUCUUCAGCUCUGGCGCCAACGCCUUUGGACGGGAAAUGGAUAAAAUGGACCAACUACAGAGUAAGCUUCACACGUACAGUUUGUUUGGGUUACCGAAGAUGCCGGCUCAGCUAAGAUUUGACCAGGACUCCUGGGAGGAGGAGGAGGAGGACACCAGCCUUUACCUUGAGGGCUCCUGGCAGGAGAUCAUUGAGGCUCCUGAGAAGCUCACCCGCAAGCAGUGCCAUCAACAGGAGGCCCUCUGGGAGCUGUUGAAUACAGAAGCCGCCUAUAUUAGGAAGCUACGUGUCAUCACGGAUCUCUUCCUGUGCUGUUUGAUGAACCUGCAGGAAUCAGGCUUGUUGACUGAGGUGGAGCCGAAGAAACUGUUCUCCAACUUGCAGGAGAUUAUCCAGCUUCACCAGGUUCUGUGGCGAGACGUGAUGUCUCCGCUUUUGCAAAAGGCCAGGGAGGACAAAACUCCCUUCAAUCCCAUUCACUUCCAGAAAGGAUUCAAAAAGUUCGGCGAGCGUUUUCAACCGUAUAUUCAGUACUGCAUGGAGGAAGAGGGCUGCAUGGAGUACAUGAGGAACCACCUCCGUGAUAAUGAUCUCUUCAGGAUCUAUGUAACGUGGGCAGAGACUCAUAAGCAGUGUAACCGUCUGAAGCUCAGUGACAUGUUGGUCAAACCACAUCAGAGGCUCACCAAGUAUCCGCUGCUCCUCAAAUCUAUCUUGAAAAAAACAGAUGACACCCCUGCCAGGGAGGCAAUUGUUAGCAUGAUUAAUUCUGUGGAGAGUUUCAUCGCACACGUGAAUUCCCGGAUGCGCCAACGGCAGGAGCGGCAACGGCUGGCGGAGAUCAUCAGUCGCAUCGACUCCUAUGAGGUGGUGGAUGGGAGCUCAGAUGAAGUGGAGAAGGUCCUGAAGGAAUUCUGCCGCUUGGAUUUAACAGCUCCGAUGUUUGGGACUUCGCCCGAUGAAACGAGGCAAUUGCAGCUGGAGGGAAGUUUGAAAAUGAAAGAAGGAAAGGACUGUAAGAUGGAUGUUUACUGUUUCCUGUUCACUGAUAUUUUUCUCAUCACCAAACCUGUGAAGAAGAUGGAGAAGACCAAAGUCAUUCGACAACCGUUGCUGGUGGAUAAAAUCAUCUGCAGGGAGCUGAGAGAUCCCGGUUCCUUCCUGCUGAUUUACCUGAAUGAGUUUCGCAGUGCAGUUGGUGCCUUCACCUUCCAAGCCAGUGUGACCAGCCAGUCUAGAGUGUGGAUUGAGGCCAUCUUUAAUGCUCAGAACCUCCUGGAGAGACUUCGCAGCCAAGAGUCGGCACUGAAAGAGUGUACACUGCCUGAUGAGGAGGAUGUAGAGAGUGGGACCUCAGACACGCAGUUACCAUCCCUGUUACACGAGGAUACGGACACACUCGAAUCACAGCUCAGUCAGUCGGACAGUGUGUCUGAAACCGUUUCCAUUGCAAUCUCGGAUAUGAAUGACGAUCUCUACUCACAAGACACUGAAGCUUCCCAGUCUGACGAUGCUUCUAUCCAAAGUAUCGUGUCUUCCAACACCACCACCCAAGAGGUGCUCGAUAGUGACGUGACCUCGUCGGGCCUCUUGAUUCCAAACGCCAAAGGCCUGGCUCUGGACCAAUGCCACUCUGCCUCAGUUGAAAGUGCAUAUGGCACCCUAUCUCCAGGCUCUGCCCCAGAGUUUGAGAUGCAACAGCAGGAGUUGGCUGAUGAAUGUAGAGAACCGAUGGAGUUAAGCUCACCUCAGAUUUACCAGCGGUGCCUAGUACGAUGCAAACACAACAUCCACAGAUCAAAAUCAGAGACCAACCUCCACCGGCUCAUUUCCUCGUCUUCUGAAUCUCACGGUGUGAGCAGGCCGUUCCUGAGCAGAAGCCUGAUUGAAAUCAAUGCGCCGACUCGGGACAUCCCAGCGAGUGACUCGGGCAAGAGGCCACUGGGUGCGUCCCCACCACCGAGUCCGCACUGUCUCAUGAACACAAAGGUGAUGGACACCCUGAAGCGGGCAGAGGCUCAUCGCCAGAGAGCAGCUCCGUGCCCCAACUCCCAGGGCAGCGGUGGGAAUGUAGUGGACAGUGAGAGGGGGAGCUCCAGUGACAGCGAGCUCUCGGAGGCGGGGGAGCAGGGCCCGGUGAUGCAAAAUGCCCGUCUUGCAGACAGAGUGAGCUUUGACUCGGAACCGCAGCCCUGCACCUUGUCGCGCUCCAACAGUGAGCCAGAACUGAGCACCCCUUGUAUCACCGUCGAGCUCACAGCACUCAGCGAACACGAAGGAGAUGUUACGGAGCAUCAGGGUCGGAGCAAUUCCUCGGAACAUACAAAACGGACAAUGUCAGGACCUCGGACUGUGCAGCACCGCAAACUCACCUUGGCCCAACUCCACAGGAUCCGCACCACUAUGCUCCUGAACUCCACCCUGACUGCAUCGUACGUCACCGCUCCAUGAAGGGGAGAGGGGUAGUGGGGAGGGAAGUCUAGCCUUUGUCAUUACUGGACGUGAUCUGCAGGACCUGGAGCUCCGUCGGGUGAAUUGUGAUGGAACUAGGACACUGACCUUCUGAGGCGCCCAUCACUCCCCAGGGCAUCUCUCAAUAUGCUUAAAAACAAAAAAACCCCCCCCCAACAAAACCUGAGAACGAUGUUGAUGUUCAUGGAGCCAUUUCAGACCGAGUGGCUAGUGGGAGCCGGGGGGCAACGAGCCAUCAGGAUGCUGAGUGGGUGGAGCCAGUGUUGUGGGAGUUGAGGAAACUGGUGACUUCGCCCAGCAAUUCCUGACAAUCAAAAGGAAUACCACGUUCAUUGUAAAUGUAACGGUACCCAGCUGCCAGCAGAUCUACAAACACUGCCAAGGCCUUUUCUCCCCGUAGGGUUUGUAGAUCUCCAACCUUGGCAGUGUGAUCUCCAACUCUUCUCCACUAAGUAGAUCUCCUAACCAUCUCCACUAUGUUUGUCUUUCCUCCCCAUCAACACUGACACCGUCAGCCUUGGAUGGAGUCAAUGCAUCAUCGCCUCAUUGCUUGGAUUCUCCAAGUCCUAAUCUCUGCUGCACGUGGAUUUACGGACCUCGGUCCUCCUCCUCCUCCCCAAUGGCCACUGGUGAAGUUUGCACCAUGUCUAACCGUUCAAGCUUCCACAACAGAAUCUUUGUUCACAAGCCUCAUGUCCUUGGGAGUUCCAUUUGAUGUGAGCUCCGCCCAGCAUGAAAAUCUCUUCAUCAAACCUGUUGACUUUCAAACAGCAAAAGCAAGAGUUUUUCUUGCAGUUUGGGAAUGCCAUAUCUCUGCCUCUGCUUGCCUUAAAACAGCAAUAAUGUCCUUUCCUUAUUAAUGUAUAAAGUUUCAUAUUUAUUAAGCA